CAAUUGCUUUGCUACAAAGCUUGUCAUUAGCAGAGCUGGGUAUAAAAGAGAUAACGUUGACAUGUUUAGCCAGUUGCCUGCAACUUUUACAAGAUGAAGGCACUAGCGAUUUUGCUGGCUUUAGCUUGCGGGACUCUUGCAGCUCCGAGGCCAAUGCUAAUGAGACCGACCUGUGAGAAUUCUGAGAACCGGUUUAUUCCAAACAGGAAGUACGUCUACCGAUAUGUUGGAAUGUCCACUACUGGUAUCCAAGGAACGACGGACGAAAAAGCUGAGAUAAAAAUCACUGCGCGCUUCCAUGUGAACAGUGUAUCUUCGUGCGUCUUCCAUCUGGAGGUUGAUGAUGUGCAGUUAUCGGAACGGUCAUCACCCGACGCCCAAUUCACGAUCUCAAAAGGAAAAAAGGAAUUUGUGAGGGAUCUUGAAGGUAACCCGCUUACGUUUACCUCAGUCAACGGGCAGAUCCUAGACAUCAAGACAUCCAAAGCAGAACCAGUAUAUGUGACAAACAUCAAGAGGGGAAUGUUGAGUGCACUUCAACUGGAGUUUAAGGAAGAGGGUGAAUCUACAGUUAAAGAGAGAGAUAUCGCUGGUGACUGCAAGACUCGAUACCUUAGGAUGAUCAAAGAUGACAAGGAAGACGUUUACAAAGUGAAGAACCUAACCGAAUGUACCAAUAGAUCCAACAUGGACACCACUCUUAUGCAUCCAGUCUUUUAUACAACCGGCUCGGGCAAGAGAACACCUCUUGACUGCACCAGCUUGUGCCAUUACAAGAUUGAGAAAAAACAGAUCUACUCAGUGGAAUGCAAAGAAACUCACUUACUGAUACCUUUGAGUUAUCAGUCAUCUGGGGUCAUGACUACCGUGACGCAGAAGAUAGUACUCGAAAAAAUGUCAUUUUCUGGCGGCUAUCGCAGCAAUCUUGAAGAUGCUUCCAGUGAAAGGUCAGAUUUAAGAUUUGACUUCAACGUAAAAGAAAAAAUGCAGGAAAAAUUACAAGGAGACACCACUUCCGUCGACAAAAUCCURCAAGACUUGGUUGGAAAUAAAACACCUAAAGAAACAUCAUGGAUGGCUCCUUUGGCCUACACCGAACUGGUCUUCCAAUUCAGACGAUUAAAUCUCCAAGGAAUAAAAAACACAUGGACCAAGUUUGCUGACUGUUCUAGGAUGGACUUAUGUCCCACAAAACAAUUAUUUUUAAACUACAGACAGUUGAUCGUCGACGCCUUGAUACAGUGUGGCACAGAAUCUUGUGCGGAAUUCAUGAUUCAACAUAUUCGCGAGACUCCCGAGUGGGCUUAUGUCUUUGAACGAGGGAGCGAAACGUACAGGAAGCAGUUAUUAUCAGGGCUUUCGUGGGUCCGAAAUCCAACGGAGAAAAUCCUUGAUAACGUUUGGACCUUGAUGAAAGAAAAGAAGGACAUUCUACCCGAGAACACCAUAACAAUUAUGGGUUCAAUGAUGCGUACUCACUGUGAAGUUUACCCAAAGAACUGCAAGGACGAUCUUUCCGGCCUUGACCACUUCCCUAAAGUACUCGAAAUAUCAAGAUCUUUCAGCAGCAUGUUGUAUAUGAACUUAGAACUUUGCAAAGCUACCCCAGAGACUGUUGAUGAAAUUAUUUUCAUUUUACGGGCUAUCGGUAACUCGCGUUUUGUGGAAACUUCUCCAGUCGACCUCGUCUAUUGCGCCCUCAAAUCAAACUAUAAGAACAUCUCUGCCGCUGCUUUGGAAGUACUUGGAGACUUGAAACUGGACUACCAAACAAGGAAGGGACUAAAGACAAUUUACAAAGACUACGCGCAAGACCCUGAAAUACGAAUGAUGGCUUAUCUUGCCUGGAUGAAGGAACCUACCAAAGAGGACAUCAAGACUGUAAUGAAGACACUCCAGGAAGAAAUAAAUACACAAGUUGGGUCGCUAGUAUGGAGCCACCUUACUAGUAUGAACACAUCUGUGGAACCAACAAGCGGACAUAGCAUUGGAACUAUGAUUGAAGAAGUCUUGAGAGAAACCCAAACGUCGCUCAGAUAUUUCAACACGACAUCAAAGUCAACUGUGUGGCACAAAUCGAUCUUCAAUGAGAAAAAUAACCUUGGAAUGUCUGCUGAUAGUCAUGUACUCUACCAUCCCGAAAGCCUUCUUCCUCGCCAUACACACUUCAACUUCUCAGUUGACGUCUUGGGAGGUGCCUUCCCUGUCUUGGAAGCAAGCACGCGUACAGAAGGUCUGGAGCUCCUUUGGGACAAACUUUUUGGACCAAGAGGUCACUUUCCUGAUACACACAUCUCUGAUCUCGUCAAAACCCAACCGAAGAAGAGAAGCCUUGAUGAUUUGAACGAACUGCAAUACUUGCAUGACAUGGUGAACAUGCCAAGGACUAGUACGCCUUCAGGUCUCUUUUCCAUUAAACUCUUUGGCAACGAACUGGCACUCUUCACACUCAAAGACCUCAAGUGGCUUCAACACGAAGUACCCAUGUUAGACUGGGUAGAAAUGUUGAUAAAUUUAAGAAAUGGAGUGGAUGAUAUGUAUACCAAGCAUUGGUUAUUCCUGCAAGACUCAUUUACCAUUCCAACGUCUAUUGGGUUACCGCUGACCUUAAGUCUCAAUGGCACUGCUGUAGGAAGUGUUCACGUGAGCGCUAAAGGUGAUCUGCACAGCUGGUUCUGGGAUUGGAGGCCUAGCAUUAAAUUUAAAGGGAGUGUCAAACCAAGUGCUGCUGUGAGCAUGUCUGGGAUGAUGUCAGUCAACGCCUUUCACAGCAAGGUCGGAAUACUGGUCAACGGUACACUGUUCACCUCGGCAAAAAUAAGUGCAAAUGUGACCUACAAGAAAGAAGAAACGUUUAAAUUCCACUACAAUGUCGAUGAAAAGCCGGAAGAGAUAUUUAACAUGUCGUCUAUGUUAUUCAAACAAGUCAACGACAAAAAAACACCAAUUAGUGGAAUAAAACAGCGUAGAAAGGCAAGUGUUUGUAUCAGCUCCAUUUUUAACGUGAACAAAUACGUUGGGAUGGAUCUAUGCAGCAACAUAUCAGUUCCAAUCAGCUGGGACAAGACGAUGGCACCUUUCCUCCCCCUAACAGGCCCAGCCAACUUUUCUAUCAAACUUCAUCGCUCAGACCCUAAACUAACAACUUACAAGCUGGAAGUCAACAAAACGAAAUUCAGCAAGUCUCCAAAUAAGACUUGCUUGGAGUUGUCAACACCGGGAUCCUCUCACAAAAGAAUUCUUUUGAUGAACCUCACAACGCUAGACCAGCCAGAUCGGUUCCAAUUGAAUAUCAGUGUUGGGGAUCAUGAAGCAAACUGGACAGUAUUGAACUUCACACGAAAUAGUAACUCCAAGAUGCUCAUGGCUGAGAUGAACAUUACUUUGCCCAAUAUUUCCCUGUACCACACUGCGAAGGUUCACGAACCAAGCAAGAUUAUUAGCACAAAAACAUCAUUAAUCCGCGGUCCUUAUGGUAAUCCUGUCACUGUAAUGUUCCUUAAUGCCAAUCUUGACUACUCGUCUAGAUCCACAGGAAGUAUGAUCUUCAAUUUGAUGCAUCGACCUCUCGACUUUACUUGGCAAGUAAAAGUCAGGCAUAGCUCUUCAGAGCUCAAAACCAACAUCCUUUGUGUCAUGAAGUGCAGAAAAAGACCGAGCCCCUUACUCAAUCACAGAAUGGAAUUCAAUAUCACGCAGAUAGACCAUGUACGGAUGACUUCAGAAAACAUUACAGAGAAAGGGCUUCGCGUUGAGAUGCGCAUGAAUGAAACAAGGAGAAUGUCUCUCUUUGGCAGCAAGAAAGUGGUCAAGACCAUCGGUCACAAGUUUAGCACCUACUUCACUACUUUUACCUUCUACAAUCGCACAACACUGAAGCCUUACACAACUUCACUCAAUUUGACGUUACACGAGAAUCUUGUCACGAAAUGGAACGAGAUGGCACUCAACAUGACAUACAAGAACAACUCAAUCGCUCUAGAGACAUCGAUGAAAAACACAACCGAAAAGAAAAGCAUUUGCCUGAUCGGGAGAUACCUUAAUGGAACUUCCUGGAACAAAACUGAUUUUAUAUCUUGCAUCGCCUUCCUUAAUGGCACCGAGGUCAAGAAUCUGAUCUGGAACUUAAAAUCCAUGAAUACGACUCACAAACUCAACGCAACUUGGCUUAGACGACCUGAUGUACACAUGUUUGUAAAUUACGCAUGCAAGAAUGAGUCCUUAGCCAAAUUAACCGUUUCCUACAGAAAGACCAACUCAAUGAAGUUCCUYGGCGUGAAUGGUAACAUGGGAAACUGGAAUAUGGACCUUCAGCACUCUUUUCAAGACGAAGUGAAGAUGAAGACGAAGUUAAGACGAAUUCUUAUUGUUCAUAAAGCCAAGAACGGAACAGAAUCUUAUAUGUAUAACGCGUUUAACUUGACUUUUUUGAACUCCACCACGAUGAAGAAUAUGUUAGUGGGACUGACUCUCUCGACAAGAACCAAAGACAUGCUAGAAAAAGAAUCAAAACUACCUAGACAGUUUGUGAAUAGAACAGCCUCAUGGAAAGCUGAAAUGAAAAAUGACACAGAAAUCCUUAAUGUUUCAUCUUUAUUUGACUACCAAGUUAUGGACCAAACUGAGAUGCCAAACAAACUAAUAUUGAAGAAACAAAUGCACCACACUCUGUUCUGGCAUAAAACUAACAGCCUCCUAAAUGUGAGCGUAGACUUUCCCAACACAACUCUUGGCUUGAAUUGUUCUGGAAAUUUCAUCAAGGGAAUCAAUAUGAGUGCAAAUCUAAACGACAGCCUCCUGUGGAACGCUUAUAUUACUGAGCGGAAGCUGAUUUCCAACGUAACCCUUUGGAAUCGUACUCUUAUGAUGGAAAGCCGUACUUGUAACAGAAGUCAGUCAUUGUUCUUAAACAUCAGUACCUGGAAUAUGGUCAACAGGACUGCCUUUAAUGGUUCGAUCACGUGGUACUUAAACGCAACUACGAAGAAGACAGCUAUUAAUGUUAUGUUAGUCAAUGUCAAUGCUAUGCUUCUCAAUACCACGUUUGUAAAUACGUCCUUGCAAUUUAGUGCCUUCGCCCUUAAUGAUAGCCACCUUAACAUCUCUUUUGUUAGACGCAACAUGUCUGAUCUUUACAAAGAGAGCAGCUUAGAGUUCCGUCCUGGAGGAAGGGUGUACAUGGAAUUCAACGCAACGUCUUUAAAGAGAAUAUGGAGGGAACUAAACUUGGAGACUUUUGACAUGCCGAGAAAACUUCUCAACAUCACUGUGAAUUUUACUUCAAGGGGAGUAAACAUGAAGAAAACUGGAAAGCACCUCAAGAUACUAAUGCAAAAACUUACUCGAGAAAUUUCAGCUUGGAAGUUCACGCAACAGAACCUCGGUGACAAUUUAAGCAAUUUGACGAAAAAACUUCUGAAAGUCACAUCUCACUCGUUGCCUGAUGUUACCUCUGAUUAUGACAUCUAUCUCAAGAAAAAUAGAUCCGAAAUUAUGAAGUUCUGGAAACACCUAACUAGGACCAUUGUUGCUAUUCCCAGACAUGAAAUCAAGAGCAAGGAAAUGGCAAAAGAAUUGAUUCAAAGCUUGAAGUAUAUCAGUGAAAGUUUCAACAAGACGAGUGUCAUCGGGAACUUGUCCGAAGUUUUGAGCAAUAUUGUUCUGUACAAUUCCUCUGGUAAACCAAGUCAUCUCAAAAAUCUGACGGAUAACAUCACAUUUUACUUGAGAAACUUGACCAAUGACAUCACAUAUUACCUAAGGAAUGCAUCAAAGGAUAUGGGUUCGUGGAAAAUCCAUUCUAAGAUGGUCGAUAGUCACAUCAAAGAAAUCCUUCCGAAGGUAAAAGAUAAAAUGCUGUAUAUCUUGAAUGAAACUGAGAUGGUAAUAACAGAAAUCCAUGAACAUCUACGUAUCUUGCGCGACGAUGUUGCUUUCCUCAGUGACCACUUUGUCAAUGAAACGUACCCUGAAGUCUACAACAAGAGCAAUGCCUUCUACAACAACCUCAAAAUGAUGGCAAGUCCUACGACCUUUGCUGGGGGAAUAAUGCAUCCUUGUUGGAUGAACAUCUCUGAAAUACUCAACACAAGUAUCUUCAACAUAACUAUCCAUCACUUCCAUAAAUACUUGAUUUAUGGAACGGCACUUGAGACAAUAUUACCUUUCCUAAGCCAGCCAGAUCAUAUAACCGAAGUAUUCCACGAGUCAGUAUUGGAUAGGUCACUCGAGAAGAUGCUCAAUAACUCCCUCAACAAGGCAAUGGAGAUGUACAAUGCUACGCUACGACUUCCAUCUUGGCACGUGAACAAAACACACGAUAACAUUGUUUACGCGAGGGAUCUCGUUGUGAUGCUCUACAACGACACUGACAAUGUCAUGACCAGCAUCUCAAAAAAAAAUCUGACAGAAAUAGUCGAACUUUACAUCAACCAAACUCGAAACAUGACUGUCAAAACCUGGAAUUUGACCAUGUCUAUGAUGGAAAGCAUUCUUAACGUAAGCAUUCCGGUACAUGGGAGAUUUGAUAUGCUGAAGAAGAAUGUGACGGAACUUUACUGGAAUACCAGUGAAAAGAUGCCGUGGGCACGACCACUAAUCAGAUUGUGGAACACAACUAUGUUCAGUCUUGCCAAAAACAACACACCAGAGAGACUAAUCGAAUCUUGGAUGCCUAAAAUCGUAAACUUCACCCUUAACAAAGCUUCACAUUUCGCCAAAUACGUCAACGAAUGCCUCACAGACGAGCAAACCCAAACACCACGUAUCCAGAUGGCAUACUCAAAGAAAGUUCUCAAAGUCUCGACAAUUCACAAAAUGGAAUCGAGACCAAAUUUCACAAAGUACUUCUUAAAAGUUUCUCGGCAUUACCUAAGCUUCAGCACUUGGAUCUUCAAUAUGAUCAAGGAGCCAAAGAGAGUAAUGGCGAACUCUUCGAACAUCACCAUGCAAUGGGCUAAUGUUCUCUUUAAUGGUACCUCAAAGGUCUUCGAUGAGGCAGAGAGCGUUGUGAACUGCUCCCUGGUUAUCAACAAAACCAAUAACUUAACGAAUCAGUACGUUAAAACCAGCCCUAUGAUGAUGGAAGUGCAUACCUGGGUGCGCAAUAAGACAUUGGAAAAGAUGUUCAACAAAACCAACAUUCCUUACAGUACCUUACUUCACAGUACCUUACCUUACUUUAUGUGGAACACGAUAGACAAAAUGCGCAAGAUGGAGGCGCAGGAUCUGGCUAUCUUAUUCACACCUAAAAAUGAAACUGCCUUUGUCAUCAACCAACGCAACUUUAUCACCUUCGACAAGCGCUCGUUCCGAGUUCCUGAAAUCCCCAAACCAGGAUGCUCAUUCUUAUUAGCAAGGGACUUCCUCGAUGGCGAAUUUACCGUCCUCGCGACACAGAACUCGUACAUCAUCAUGACACCAGAAUUGAAUAUAGAAAUCUACAAGGAUGGGACUAUUAAAGCAAAUACUGCUGGGCAGCCUCAAAUAGUGAAGACGGACUUGCCGGUAGGGUUUGAUAGUGUAUAUGCAGUCAGAGAUGGUCCAUAUAUACGAGUCAUAAGCGAUAGAAGAGGAUUCGAGUUUGAGUUGGAGAUGGAGCAUUUCAUUUUUGGCGCCUACAUUUCGGGAUUCUAUCACAACCGUACCCUUGGUCUUCUGGGAACAAACAAUGGCGAGAUUAGUGAUGAGUGGCGUUCUCCUCUUGGCAAAAACAGAACAGUAUUAGAAUUCGAAAAGUUCUUGAACUCCUGGUUGGUUAGCAAAGACUCCGAAUGCUACAUAAGAAGACCUGUCCAACGACAGCAAUGCCAACCAAAAGAAUCCUCGCGUUGUGAAGAGCUCCUUAAAUCCAAAAUGUCUCCUUUCCAAAAAUGUUUCGAUGUCAUUGACCCGAAACCUUUCUUCGAAGCUUGCAUCAAAGACGUCACGUCAAGUUGUGAAACUUCAGAGCCGGAACGAAUGUCUCAUUGCAAUGUGUCAGCGGCAUACGUCAGAGCAUGCGUAAAGAAUGGUGUGGAUAUCUCUGUGCCAAUCCAGUGUGCUGAUUGCAAUGAACAGACCAGAUUCAUGGUAUCAACAAGAGAAGUGGACAUAAUGGUUAUCAGUAGCGAGGGAAGAAACAUGAAGCAGGUCACACGUAACAUUCCCAAACUCAUUUCAAGAAUAAACAUGAACUUGCUUAACAACAACAUUCGCCCGCAAUUUGGAUUGGUUGGAUUCAGCGGAAGACAACCGCUUCAUUGGAAAGGACACACCCAUACAUUGAAUGGCAAGUUCCUUGGUUCCAACAUAGAGCUCAUUCAGGCAAGCAAAACACUAGACUUCGCCUCUUAUGAUAUGAAUAUCAGCGAUGGUUAUAUGGGAAUUUACCAUGCCACGAAGUAUCCUUUCCGCCCUGGUGCCAAGAAGAUCUUCCUUUUGGUGACAGACAGCAGACGCGUGAAAGACAGUGAUCUGACAAGUGAUUUUGUCAGCAAGGCUAUGAAGAGCAUCGAUGCAAAACUGAUCGUCAUUGGUGAUUACUACUUCAAAUACGGAAUGUACGGAGGAGACACUGAUCGUUACCGCUACUACAGAAAGGACCCUGAAGGAAGCAUUCGCAAAAACAGACAACGGCUUCCAGAAGAAGACGAGUAUGUUAAAGUUGUCUCCAAAACCGAAGGAGCAGUCUUCAUGGUCAAGAGAUUCGAGAAAGACAAGACUAACAAAUAUUUCUCGGAAAUGAUAAAGAAUGUGAUGCUAAAAUAUUCCAAAGGAAAGAGAUGUAUGCAGUGUCGCUGCGUUCCCGAUGAGGUUGGCAAGGGACGAGAAGUCUGUAAGGAAACAUCGAAUUUUUGGUGCAACUGGAACUGAAAGGACAUAUGGCCAACUUCAUGACGUAAGGAUCAUCCCACGAAAAAAACUUAGCAUCUUUCUAGCUUCAUAGAAGAGAGCAUAGCUUUAUAGAAAAGUGAAUAGUACAUAGAAUAGUGCAGUAUUACAAAGUUUUUUACUACCAAUCAAAAGUAAAUGUAAUCCUGUAUUCUUGUAUUUUUGGUAGAAAUUCAACAAAAAAAUUGUGAAGGGAUAAUGUAGCACCUACAAGUCCAUUUGAAUCAUUUCCUCAUCUUUUCUUUCUUUUUACUUUUCUUUGUUUUUCUUACUUCUUUUCUUUUACUUUAAUUCGAAUAAAUCACCAAAGUUAGUAACGGCAUUCCUCAUUGUCCAAAGCGUUAUGAUAUAAGUGUGGAUUAAGACUAUAAUCGAAAAUUCAUUUGUUUAUUGCUUUGCGAUACAAAAAAAGCUCAUUUAUUACAUAUCAGUGUUGAUUAUAUCAAGCCGUUACGGUAAAUAUUCCUUCAAUGCAAGCUCUAAUGCAACCAUGUAUUCACUAGAUACUCGUAUAAUAAAGCAUUUCAAACUUUU